CUGUUGCAGCUGUAGGAAGAAAUUUUCUUAGAUAGCUAUUCCGGAACGUUGGCUGAAAGGCCAGGUACCAGAUACUCCAGAUAAUACUGGACAUGUACAAUUUCUGGAUUACUGGAACGAGUCUAGAGGUCAAGGUUCAAAGGGUUUCCUUUCAUGAUGGGAACUUUGUCACUCAGUGAUUGAAAUUCGGCUAAUUGGCAUAUCAUGAUUCAUUGACUGAUUGGAAUAAGCAAUGGAGAUGAUUUCUACUGCACUAAAUCGCUUCUAAUCCACAGAAAAACGAAAUGAAUUCGAAAAAAACAUUAUAGUAGGAUAGCUGUGCAAGAUCAAAGUAAAAAUCAGGCGGUACCCAUCUCACGCACCUCAAACUCCCCGAAGAGUGCACCUGUUAUAUAAUGUCCUUUAUUCGGGGUCAUCGACCUCCGACACAAAAAUCUGAAGAAAAACGCGAUUCUUCAAGAAGUCAAGAAAAAAGCAAACUUUAAACAAUUUAUAAGGGAUGUUACCAUAGAAAAGCACUCUUAGAACUCGGCACUAAAGAGGCAACUUUUCAAUACGAGUUUAUAAAGCGUGACUAAAAUAAUAUUGUUUUGCUUAUUAAUAUUUUUGAAUGAUUGUUUUUAUCACCCUCUCUUUAAAAAGUUGCCGCUCUUUUAUCGGUGGUUUAUUAUUACUCAAAGCUUAUUUUCUCUUUGUUACCUUCCUAAGCCGAAAAAAUCAAUUUCGGAAGUUAGUCGUCGAACAGCUGUUGUACCCUAAAGAGGUUCGGUUUCUGGUACUUAAGAUAACACUGAACGUGGUGCCACCAAUUCUGGAACUUGGCUAUAAUUUACCGACGUACAAAGUUCAGCAGACCGUUGGUUGGGAUGGGAACUUUGUCUUUGAGUGACUUUAAAGAGGUGAGAAUACCGGCACCUUGGGGCCACAUCUCUGGACGUUGGUAUGGAAAUCGAACGGAACGGCCGAUCCUCGCCAUCCACGGAUGGUUGGAUAAUCUGGGAACCUUCGAUCGGUUGAUUCCCCUGCUUCCCGAUUACAUAGGAGUGCUCUGUAUUGAUCUUCCCGGACAUGGAAGAUCCUCUCGCCUUCAGCCGGGGAUCCACUACGGCGUCGACGAAUAUGUGCUGAUCAUUCCUCGAGUAAUGAAGGAGUACGGCUGGUCAAAAGUUUCCUUGAUGGGUCACUCCCUGGGUGGCAUUUUAAGCUUCAUGUACACCGCCCUGGCGCCACAUACAGUGGAUAUGGUCAUCUCCUUGGACAUUUUGCUCCCCACAAAUAUAGCACCCAAUGUAGCAAUAGCCCAAUUAUCCCAAGGCAUAGAAAAGCACCUGGUGGAAGAGGAUCGUCAGGUGCAGAGCAAUCUUCACGAGCCGCCCUCCUACACCCUCUCUCAGUUGACCAAAGUCCUUGCCAAAGGGAGCUUCAACUCUGUCGCUCCCGAGUUUGCUAAGCACUUGCUCCACCGCCAGGUGCAAAAGUCGCAACUUUAUCCGGAUAAAUUCUAUUUUUCAAGGGAUGGUCGUGUUAAGUAUUAUAAUACAUCGCGAAUGGAUCCUGGACUCGCGGAGGAGAUGACGAAACGGAUCGGAAAAAAGCCGUACCUAAUCAUUAAAGGGUCAGAAUCUUCAUUCGUUGGACCUAAAGUGGAAAAGCCGCUGGCCAUCUUACGCCAAAAUAAUCCGCACUUUGAGUUCUACGAGGUGGAGGGUGGUACUCAUCACGUUCACCUCCAUGCUGCCGAAGAGUGUGCCCGUUACAUAGUGCCCUUUAUAAGGCAUCAUCGGCCGCCGGCCCUGACUUCUUGGUCUUUAAGUGGAAGGGAACAGCAACUAAGUGCUGAGGAAAAGCGAAGGCAACAAGAAAUAUUUUUUAAAAGAAUCAAAAACAAACGCAGCAAACUGUAAAUUUGAAAUAAAAAUUACGAAUAACUUUUAUUACCUCAA